AUGGCGGCGCCCAGCCCGCUCCUGGCCUGGUGCGUCCAGCACUUGCGCGGAGACUUCGGGCUGGACGUGGGCGAAGAGGUCGUGAGGUACAUCUUGUCCAUAACAAAUGAGGAUGAGAUCCGGGAGUACGUCGUUGACCUCAUUCAGGGGACUGACGGGAAGAAGAGUCGGUUUGUGGAAGAACUGCUGGCCAGGUGGCGGAAAUCUUCCCAGCUGCCCUCUGAGCCUUUGCCAGCGUAUCGGAAAAAGGACGAGACUUCUGAAGUGCCUCGGGCCGGAGACCAAGCGAAAAAGGGUAAACGCAAAGGAAGGAACAAGCAGGAGACGCCUGCGUACGCUGAGCCCAGUGCACAUGCAGAGGAAGUAAAAACCCCCCUCGACCUGGCCAAGGCACAGGAGAACAGCAGUGGAGUCAGCAGCAGUAGCAAUUCCGCUAAGAAGAAGCCCAAAUAUGUCAGCCUGUAUACCAAGGAGGGGCAAGACAAGCUGGCCGUCCUGAUCCCUGGGCGUCACACCUGCGAGUGCCUAGGCCAGAAGCACAAGCUCAUCAACAACUGCUUGGUUUGCGGGCGCAUUGUCUGCGAGCAGGAGGGCUCUGGACCCUGCUUCUUCUGUGGUGCUCUGGUGUGCACUAAAGAAGAGCAGGACAUUCUUCAACGGGACUCAAACAAGAGCCAGAAGUUGCUGAAGAAGCUCAUGGCAGGUCAGUAG